GCAGCCCCGGUCCGCGCAGCCCCGCACCGCCCCGCAGCCCCCGCCGCCGCCCAUGGUGCUGCCCGGCCCGCCCGCCAUGGCCCGCUCCGAGGAGGUGCACCGCCUCACCGAGAAUGUCUACAAGACAAUCAUGGAGCAGUUCAACCCCAGCCUCAGGAACUUCAUUUCUAUGGGGAAGACCUAUGAAAAAGCCUUAGCAAGUAUGACAUAUGCAGCAAAAGGAUACUUCGAUGCUCUGGUGAAGAUGGGGGAGUUGGCCAGUGAGAGCCAAGGAUCCAAGGAGCUGGGAGACGUGCUCUUCCAGAUGGCUGAAGUCCACAGGCAGAUCCAGAACCAGCUGGAGGAAAUGCUGAAGUCCUUUCACAACGAGCUUCUGACACAGCUGGAGCAGAAGGUGGAGCUGGACUCGCGCUACCUGAGCGCUGCGCUGAAGAAAUACCAAACAGAGCAAAGGAACAAGGGCGACUCGCUCGACAAGUGCCAGGCUGAGCUGAAGAAGCUGCGGAAGAAGAGCCAAGGAAGCAAAAACCCCCAGAAGUACUCAGACAAGGAGCUGCAGUACAUCGAGGCCAUCAGCAACAAGCAAGGUGAGCUGGAGAAUUACGUCUCCGAUGGCUAUAAGACAGCUCUGACCGAGGAGAGGCGGCGGUUCUGUUUCCUGGUGGAGAAGCAGUGUGCUGUGGCCAAGAGUGCAAUCACCUACCAUGCUAAGGGGAAGGAGAUGCUGACACAGAAGCUUCCGCUGUGGCAGCAGUCGUGCUCUGAUCCCAACAAGAUCCCGGACCGUGCCAUCCAGCUGAUGCAGCAGAUGGCUGCUAGCAGCAAUGGCACCAUCAUGCCUAGCCCUCUGUCUACAUCCAAGUCCAACCUCAUCAUCUCUGACCCCAUUCCUGGUGCCAAACCUCUCCCUGUUCCCCCGGAGCUGGCACCUUUUGUCGGACGCAUGCAGGAGGCCAUGCCGGCGGUGAAUGGAGUCUCGGGCCCAGACAGUGACGAUUACAACCACUGGUCUGAGGUGAAGCCAGCACAGCCCAAAUCUUUAUCUCCUCCCCAGCCUCAGAAGCAGCUGAGCGACUCUUACUCGAACACGCUUCCCGUUCGCAAAAACGUGACCCCGAAAAACAGCUAUGCCUCAGCUGAAAACAAGACACUGCCACGCUCCAGCUCCAUGGCUGCAGGGCUCGAGAGGAACGGCAGGACGAGGGUGCAGGCCAUUUUCUCUCAUGCUGCUGGUGAUAACAGCACCCUCCUGAGCUUCAAGGAGGGAGACCUCAUCACGCUGCUGGUGCCGGAGGCCAGGGAUGGGUGGCACUACGGAGAGAGCGAGAAAACAAAACUGAGGGGCUGGUUUCCUUUCUCCUACACACGAGUCCUUGACAACGAUGGCAGUGAGCGGGUCCAUGCGAGCCUGCAACAGGGGAAGAGCAGCAGCACGGGCAACCUGCUCGACAAAGAUGACAUUGCCAUCCCACCACCUGACUACGGCAUGUCCUCACAAGCCUUCCCAUCGCAGAACGUCAACACCUUCAAGCAGAGGCCGUACAGCGUGGCUGUGCCCGCCUUCUCCCAGGACUACCUUAUGCCCUAUGGUUGUGCAAUUAAAGACUAUUCCAGUGGCCUCUGCCAACCACCACCCGCCCACUACAAGCCUUACGCUAGGUCGACAGCUGGUCUCGAUGACUAUGGGACGAGGUCUGUGAGCAGAAACCCCUUUGCCAACGUCCAGCUGAAACCGACCGUGACGAACGACCGCUCGGCGCCGCUCAUCAGCUGAUGCCGGGAGCGCUGCCGCCGCGUGGCACUGCCGCCUCCUCGUCGCCCGGCGCAUGGCUGCCUCCCAGAGCCGCCUUUUUAGGCAGAGUUUAUUUAAUCCUGCUGCUUUGAAAAGCCAAAGGCUAAAGCUUUAGUGCCCCGAUUUCCUCUCUUCUCUAGAUCCAGCUCGCUGCUUGCAGUGGUGGGGGUCAGAUGGCUGCCAAACAGCCUGAUGCCCCCCCCCGGAUCAGACACCCCGUGCUCCUAGCUCGUGCCCCAUAGCCAGGUUUGCUUCUCAGAGUGGCAGCAGCUUGCAGGGGAGGGAGGAAGGCACGGGGGACACCCUGCUCAUGGGAUGCAGUGACAACGGGCGGGCAGGGGAGCCUCAGUCUCCCCUUAAGCAAAGGAGUUGCUGGUGCCAGUGCUGCAGCCCUGGGUCAGGGCUGGACUCUGCUCCCGGGGCUGCUGCAGUGCCACGGCCGUGUACGUAGGGGGGGGUGUUACGGUACUACUGUAGGAUAUAAGCUAAGAAAUACACAAGGAGCAGAGGGCUGCGUGGAUAUGUGCCACGGGAUAGCCAGCACUGCUGUGCUCCUUCCCAGGCUCAGCCCCAGAGCCCUCCUGCUUUGCUGCUUCUCUUCCAUUAUUCCUAGGGCUGCAUGAGACUGAAAUAUAUACACCUAUAUACUCGCACCCCCAGCCCUGCCAAAGGGGAAGGGGUUUUUGAAGCAAGAGCUGCAUCUUUGCUGCAUGAUGCAGCUGGCACCAGUGAGGCACGGCUGGGAGCAGUGCUCAGAGGUUCUGCCUUUCCCAUUGUGUUGCACUUUUUUAAUUGUUUGAGCGCAGAGGACCGCUCGGGUUGCUGUGACUGUAGGUUUAGCCCAGGUGGCAGAGAGCUGACUGCGUUGGUCACUGCUGGUGGGGUUCUGCUGUGGAGUGGUUUUCCAGUUAGAGCCAACUGCUGGCACUGCUGUGCCCCCUCCCAUGGCUCGUGAAAGUGCCCCGCAGGAGAGCAUCCCCACCCAGGGCCGAAGUGAUGCUGGCUGCACCUGGGGUGCAUUUUGCUCCCGGACACAUUGCUGCUGUUUCUGUGGGGCUGGAGCAGCACUGUGACCCCCAGCAUUCUGCCCACCACAGCCCACCUCCAGGUGCUGUCCUCCGGCACCCUUGCAUCACGCAUGGGAAGCCACCACCUUGUCCCUAACUCUGCCCAUCCCAACAGCACCCCAAAAUGCAGUGCAGGGCUGCCCAAUGUGCCCCAAGGAUGGUUGCAGCUGUGCCAACCCCAGGUCUCACCGUGUGGUGCCAACUCUUCUGCCACGCUCUGAGAGCCACUGUGUUGUGCCUCAGGGCAACAAGGGGCAGGGGAAGGCUCCGCUGCGUCUCGGGGCCUUCAGGAGGGCUGGGGGGCUCACAGCUGGGGUAGGGGGUGUCAGGAUGGGGUGUGCCUUGUCACCAGCCCCGCGUCGUCCUCUUCCAGCCCCAUACGAGAGGCUGCUGAGCCCGGGGUUUCACUGCACCUCCUGCCUUGAUGGGCACCUGCAAGAUGUAACCUGAAAUUGUUUCGUUUUGUUUUUUAAUGAGAGGACAAAAAAAAAAAAAAAAAGAAGUAAUUUAUGAGCAAUAAAAUUUACCUCCCCACCACCGGGCGCCCCGCGUUUUCCUUUGGGUUGGUGGAGCCCCCGCAGCGGCGAUGGAGCACAGCUCUCCCAUGAAACUCUGGUCCCAAAUCAGAGCAGCCCCACAGCCACGGCUGUGCCAGCGAAUGAUGCGGGCAGGAAACGGAGUACGAUAUUUUAAAAACUUUAUUAUCGGCCCGAUGAUGUCUGACACACAUGCUGGGAGCUGUAUGGAAAUCAGCACUGAUAAAAAAUACAGCAGUAAUGACCCGUAUCGAUAAAAUAUACAAUGUCAGAGGAGCUCUUCUAUUUAAAAAAAAAAAAAUAAAUAAAUCAUCAUCAUCAUAUCUGGGGGACGCAGCUGUGCUCUCGUGCUGCCCUCCAGAGGCGGCUGCCUCUGCCAUAGACCAAACCCUGGGCUGGGGGGCUCCAGCAGCCCCUGCAGGUGUAGGGGUCAGGAGGCCCCCGCUGCAAUGCAAAGCGCUUGUGCUGGGGGUGGAGCUGAAAUCAUACACUUCCAUCAAGCAGGAAUUGGGCUCGCUAUGUCGGGAAGGGUGUGGGGUGCGCAGUGGGGAGGCACAGCCCCCCCCCCUCCUCCCACCCUGGUUUGUGGGGCUGAGGCUGGGGGAACCUCUUGUUCCCUUUAAGGGGGUGGCACCCCUCCUGCAGCCUUCUCCUAAAACGCCACGGCCCAGCUGCAGGCUGGAUGGGUGCAAUGGGAGCCAGAGAACACCCUCGCAUCCUCCAGCAGCAGCCCCAUCCCAUGGGCACGCAGCCCCAUGGCUGUACACGUGUGUGUGUGUGUGUGUGUGUGCGUGUGCCCCGGCCCCCCCGGGAGCCAGCCCGGGCUGCAGGACACGGGGCUGUGGUGGUGGGUGGGGGGCAUUCCUCACCUCAGGGUUUGGUCUAUCAGCCCCCAAGGACACAGCCCUGAUCUCAAGGUUCCCAUAGGCUCCUCUUAGUCCCACAGCCUCCUGGGAGCUGGAAUUGCACAAUUAUCCUAAGCCUUAAAUGAAUUUAAAAAAAAAAAACAAACAAAAACAACAAAACAACAACAACAGAAAAAAUAACAAACCAACCA